AAGACGAACCUCUCAGCCAAUCAAACCGCUCAUAUUAUGGUACAAGACGAUCGAUAAAAUUGCGACAUUGUGCGGAGGUGAAUUUCAUUAGAAGUAUAACUACAUUUAUUCAAUAUACCCAAAAUAGGAGGAAUACACAAUUCUUGUAUAAACUCCGAUCAUAAUACAAAAAUGACAGGAUCUACUUCUGAGGUCCUAGACAACAAGCCGAAUGCGAAGUUUGUGUGCGGAGUUGUUGAAGGUUUUUAUGGUAUUCCAUGGACAACAGAACAGAGGAAGCUUUUGUUCCAGUGGAUGCAUAAAAUGGGCAUGACAACAUACAUGUAUGCACCUAAAGAUGAUGCUAAACACAGAGCUUUUUGGAGGGACCUGUACUCUGUGGAGGAAGCUGAUAAUCUGACUGGUCUGAUAGAGGCAGCAACAGAGAACAAUGUGUCAUUUGUGUAUGCUAUAUCUCCAGGGUUAGAUAUCAGCUUUUCUAGCUCAAAAGAUGUACAAUGCUUGAAAAGAAAAUUAGAACAGGUGGCAGCAUUUGGUUGUAAUUCUUUUGCCUUGCUGUUUGAUGACAUUGAUCCUGAAUUGAGUAUAUCAGAUAAGAGUGCAUUUCAGUCUUCUGCUUGUGCUCAGGUCUCUAUAACCAAUGAAGUUUACGAACACUUGGGACAACCAGAGUUCUAUUUCUGCCCUACAGAAUAUUGUACAUCAAGAGCUAUGCCAAAUCUUGCCUCCUCUGGUUACCUUAAUACAGUUGGUUCAAAACUUCUCAAUGACAUACAUAUACUCUGGACAGGUUCCAAGGUGAUAAGCAAGAAAAUCACUAUCAAGGAGUUGGAAGAAGUAGGAAGUGUGUUGAGACGUCCCCCUGUUAUUUGGGAUAACAUACAUGCUAAUGAUUAUGAUCCAAGACGUGUGUUCCUCGGACCAUACGAUGGCAGAUCACCGGAAAUUAUACCAUAUAUUAGAGGAGUGCUUACAAAUCCCAACUGUGAAUUUGAGGCAAAUUAUAUUGCCUUACACACUCUAGGCCAGUGGUCACAGUCAAACAAAGAUGGAGUCAAGAAAGAUAUUAUAACAGAAAAUCAACUGAGUCCAGUUGUGUCAGACAUCAAAAUGGAGAGUGGUUGUGAUGAUGUUACAGCUGAAGGUAUGCCUGUCCUAGGACUGAAAUACCAACCAAGACUUGCUCUAAGAACAGCUAUAAAUGAUUGGCUGCUUGAGUUUCACAAGCCUAGACAUCCCCCAAAAUCAGUGGCAGUGGCUGCCCCACCACUACCAACUCCAAAUAAUUUGGCACCGCCAAUGCCAGUGUACAGUGAUUUAGAAACAACAAAUCUCCCAACAUCAACUGUGAAUAGUGCCGUAGAUCCAUCCUUUCUUAAUCCAACAUCAACAGUGUUAGUAAACAGCUUAGUAGAUCCACUGUGUUCACCAGAGGGGUCUCCAGCUCGUGUUAGACAUGAUUCAGAUUCUGAUUCCGAUAUUUCUCUCAGCCCAGAGCCAAUGGACUGUGUCCCCUCAGCAAUAACUGACAGUCUUAAUGUAUUGGAUAGUGAUAUUGAAAUUACUAAAAAUGCAUCUAGUGACAAUUUAAUGCAGGUUGAAAAUACUGUCUGCACAUGUGCAAUAGAAGACUCAAAAUUGCCUGUAGAAUCUCCAGUACUUAUAGUAACACAGGAAGAAUUAGAGUUGUUCAUCAGUUUCUUUUAUUUGCCAUUUGAAUACACUGCAAAACCAGUGCAGUUGCUGCAAGAUCUUCACUGGUUGAAAGUGAAUGCUUUCCUAAUUGCCAAUUCUCACAAGGAAAACCCAGCACAGGUUGCUGAAUGGUGGGAAACAUCUGAAAGGUUCUUGAGUACAGUUGGUCAGCUACAGUCUUUCACAAAUCGUCUACGUGAUAUCCCAAAUCAAGCUGUAGGCUACUACAUCUAUCCGUACCUUUGGGACAUGCUUGGCGUUCUACAGUCAUGUUGUGCAUUUGUCAGAUGGUUGGGAUUGGGUCAAUUGUCCAACUUCAUAGUAUGUCAAUUGCAAGGGCCAUUUACAUGGAUGACCAAGGAUUAUCGUGACACGUUCCUUAGCGGUGAACAGGAACCGUGGUGUUUCCAAGGUGGUUUACAAGCCGAGUUUCAAAGAAUGUUGCCAAUGGCAGCGGCUCAUGAUCUGCUCUAUAUCAGACAUCCUGAACAGAUACUGAAGAAAACUUACACUUACAGGCCAUACAGAACAUGUGACGAGGCAUCUGUGUAUGCUAUCUGUUUAAAAACAUGUGAUGAUGGCAUGGAUGGAACAGAAGUAUUUCCAGAAAAUCCCCAUGUCAUUUGUGAUAAAUUGAUUGGUGCUAUAGUGACUUUAAGCCCAGAGUAUUGUUUUGUUGUGGAGGAUGAGGAAGGUGUAAUGGGUUACGCAGUGGCAGCUUUAGACAGUAAACAAUUGAAGCAACGCCAGAAGCUGGCAUGGACUCCAGUCAUGCAAGAAAAAUACCCGAAACCUGAACGAUGUAACGAACUUACUCCAGCUGAGGAAGUGAUGAUGAGUUUCCAUGGUGACGUUGUAGACACACCAGUCAGUGUAACAACAGCAUUCCCAGCUCUAAUACGUCUAGACGUUCUCACAAGUAGAAUGGAGGACUUGGCGGUCACUAAGAGAUUACUGGCCUGUGCUCUAUCAUCAUUGAGAGCUAAAGGUGCUACAGGAGUUCAUGUUGAACUUAGUGUUGGUGAUAAAUGUAUGCUCGAACAUUACCGACUUCUAGGAUUUGUGCCAGUAAAGGAUUCAGACAAUCUCGAAGAUACUGUGUAUCUAGGGCGCUACUUGUAAAAUAAAAAUGAAAAGAACUUUAAAAAAGUAUUUUAUAUAUAUACAUAGACAGUAUAAGGCAUAAUGUUGGUGUAAAUACUAUUAUUUUAUUACCCUGUAAGGGUAUUUCUGUGUAUUUUAUUGUAUAUGAACUUAAAAAAGAUUAUGAAAAAAAGAUUGCACAUAAUAUGUGUGAAAAAGUUUUUUUUAAUUUAAAAUGAUGAUGAAGAGAAUGAAAGUUUAGUAUGGUGCAAGAGUGCUUCUGAUAUUGUCCGUCAUAUCUUGUCAUUUUAUGAUUUGAUUGAUUAGUCUUCGAAAGAUAAUUAUGUCCUUUGGAAAGUUAAUAUUAGAUUAUCAAAUAUGUUACUACAGCAUGAUACGCAAGUAUCUUCAUUGAACCGUUUGAUUGUUAAACACCUAGAUUGCAACUGGUUUGACUUUCAACACUGCCAUUAUAAUAUGUAUUGGGGGACUUUUUCAUCAUUGCUUAGAAAUAAGAAAACAGUUUUGUAUGACUUGAUGUUUUAUAAGGUAAUUUGAGUCGUAUAUGUUGUUGAAAUGUAUUGAUAAGAUUAACUAUUUUGUUUGAGGAUUCUUUCAAAAUGUUUUUUUCUAAAAUGAAAUGUUACAGGAAAAAAAAUCUUUACAUCUGUAGAUUAAUGGAACUGAUCUUGUGAUUUAUCUGCUGUUUCUAGCAGUAAUCAGUGGAAAAAUCCUGCUUGUGAAAGUCAAAUAGUAGCAACAUUUGGCAGGCCCACAGAUCAUUACGUUAGUGUAAUGAAGCUGAGAAGUUAGACUUCAUCUAAUGCUGAUGUAAAAUGUUACCUCAUCUGUGAUAUUUUUGUACAGCCAAAAUCACUCCCCCUCUGUUUUUGUGCUGUGAUAGUCUUCAUUAAUGAAUCUUGUUUCAUUAUAUUGUUAUGUCAAAUAAAUAUAUUAAAAGUCUUGUA